AUGCCGCACCUCAAGCGAGGUUUGGGUAAUGCUGGUUUCGCCGGCGCUGCGCUCGGAAUAAAGACACUUGCCCACCAGCUGCAGGACUCGUCAUCCAAACUUCCAUCUGUCGAGACCUUCACCGAUGGCCGCGGAUAUUACCUGAACGAGGAUGAGCUCGUCAACCAGAUUCGCGAGGAUCUCGCCAAGGCUGAGAAGGCUCUCGGACGUAAGCCCACUGCUCUCGUCCUUGGUGCUCUUGGACGAUGUGGCAAGGGCGCUGUGGACCUUUUCCUCAAGGCCGGCAUGCCUGAUGAGAACAUCACUCGCUGGGACUUGAACGAGACCAAGGACCGUGAUGGCCCUUACGAGGAAAUUGCGAAGGCUGAUGUCUUCCUCAACGCCAUCUACCUCUCCAAGCCCAUCCCCCCUUUCAUCAACCAAGAACUCCUCGCCAAGAAGGGUCGCAACCUCGCUGUGGUCAUCGACGUUUCUUGUGAUACCACAAACCCUCACAACCCCAUCCCCAUCUACUCCAUCAACACCACCUUCGAGGACCCCACCGUCCCUGUCGAGAUCAAGGACGAUCAGAACAACCUCCCCCUCUCCGUCAUCAGCAUUGACCACCUUCCUUCUAUGCUUCCCCGCGAGGCUAGUGAGGCCUUUAGUGAGGUUACGAUGGCUUCCUCAGACAAGAAUGAUACGGUCGUCGAGUCCAUUGAGGAUGAGGAGGCCUCCGAGGUGACCCAUUCAGGGGCUGUUGACUCUUCAACGGCCGAGUCAGCUGCUCAACCACCCAGAGGGUGUGAAGUUUCCAACAAGAUUGAGCAAGCCACUGCAGAAGCUUCAAAAGCAGCUCGACCUGCUCAAUCGCCCCGGAUUUUACAACCGCGAGUUUCUCAGUCACCUCGAUCGGUUGGACGACCUCUAGCUCCGGCUCAGGUUCAACAUGCUCAGAUGGUGCAGCCGCAGUCUGCUCGGGUUGCGCAGUCUCCUCAUCACCAGAUGCCACAGUCUCCUCACCAGAUGCCGCCAUCUCCGUACAUGGCUCAGCAUCCUAAUAUGGGAUAUGCUCAUACUCAUCAUGUUCCACAUUCACCUUAUAUGGCUCAGUCGCCUCAUCAGAUGCCUCAGUCGCCUCAUCAGAUGCCUCAGUCUCCGUAUCAAAUGCCACAUAGUCCUCACCCUCACAUGCCACAAUCGCCUCAUCCGCAAAUGGCACAGUCUCCGCAUCCCCAUAUGCCACAAAGUCCGCACCCGCAAAUGGCACAGAGCCCUCAUCCUCAGAUACCGCCAUCUCCAUACAUGGUACACCCUCACUAUGCUCCUCAACCGGGGCAUGCACCCCCUCAAAGCCCCCUUUUCACACCCCAAGGAACUCCUAUCAUGACACCCCAGCAAUCUCCUCUCUUUACACCACUAGCCACACCUCGAUUCACACCUACUCCAACCCCUGGACCUCAAUCCGCUGCUCCCACGCCAGCUCCAUCAGCUACUCCAGCUCCCUCAUCCGUUUCUUCGACUCCAGCACCUCACUCCGUCGCCUCAACACCCGCACCAUCCUCCAUAGCAUCUACCCCCGCACCCGAAUCUUCCUCCAGAGGCCAAGUAACAUAUGACAUGGGACCUCCGCCCAAGAAGAAGAGAGGACCGAAGCCAAAGCCGUUGUCAGAGCGUAAAUUGCUACGGACUACACCGAUUGUGCGAAAGGAGGCUAGUUACUCGAAGAGAAAGAAGGAGGAGGUUAUUGCGUGGAUGCUUCAUACUCGCGUUGAUCGGAGGGGAGAAAUGGUGCCGCCUUCUACGACGGAUGCGGAGAAUCACUUUCAAAUUCCGAGGAGUACUAUUGCUGGGUGGAAGAAAAUGCUUUUAGGCCUUGGGCCAAUUCCAAAAGUAUUGCCGCAUGAACACGCAACGGACGCGCCCUAG